CAAUCAUGUUGGAAUUAAAAUAAUGUUGUCUGAAUUUUUUUAUAUUACUAAAAUAAAUGGCUGAUGAAUAAAGUGCUCUGGGAUCCGGUUGCUGUAGCCAGUCGUUUUCUCCUGAAGAAGAUGAGCACUGGGGCGCUAAUUUAUUUUGAACAUACAGCAGAAACGUGAGUCUCUUGUUUGAAUUAGAUGGGAAGAGCAGACUCAUGGUAGUGGCCUCUGCAGCUGCUUGUAACAGUUGAUGUGGUUAACUUAUGAACCAUGGUCUUUGAUUCAAGAAUAGAACUAUUUUAUUGAAAUUCUGUGGCAGGCAAAUCUCUUUUAUACUGUAAGAUAUCAGAUGAGUUUAUAGCUGAAGAUGGACAUUGGCUAGAGGAAGAGUUUAUUCUAAUCCAAAUUAGCAUCACUGCUGUGAAAAUACAUGACAUGCCAGAUAUCUUCAAAAGUGUACACCAGUCACUUCUUCUUACAGUUGGUUUCCAGGUUGACCAUGAAUGACACUUACGUACACAACAGGUUGACCAUGAAUGACACUUACAUAGAUUAUUCGUCUCAAGAAUUAGAUGAAAUUCCUGAAACAGUAUUAAAGUUAACAGAAAUUCAAAAACUUUUUCUUAAUUAUAACAAUCUUACCAGAGUUCCUUCACUAUUAUGCAAAAAUUUAUUAUCAUUAUCAUGUUUAUCUUUAAAUGGAAAUAUGCUUGAACACUUGCCAGAUGAAAUAGGUUGUUUAUCUCAUCUUUGUGAAUUAUACAUAAAAGAAAAUAAUUUACUCAAGCUACCUGAAAGUAUUAGCAAUUUGCAAAAAUUACAAAAAUUGUGCCUUACUGGUAAUCAAAUUCUGGAAUUACCUGAAAGCUUAUCAUCACUUGUGAAUUUGACAGAAUUAACUGCAGAUGAAAAUGCUCUUGAAAAUCUUCCUCACAACUUUGGAAAUUUAUGUUCUCUCACAUAUCUUGAUGUGAGUGGCAAUGCAAUAAGUAGCUUACCUGAAAGUUUUGGAAAAUUAAACUGUUUGAAAGUUUUGAAUUUAUCUGAUAAUUGUUUGUGUUGCCUACCUGAAAGCUUUCAAGAUUUAUCAAAAUUAGAAGUCAUUGAUUUAACUAAUAAUAAAAUUUCUAGGUUACCUGAAAAACUGGAAGCAGCCAAAUGCAUAAAAACAAUUUACAUAACAAAUAAUUGUGUGGAUUCUUUACCCCCAUGGUUCUCUGAAAUGGAGAACAUAAAAAAACUUUUUCUUGGCUCCAAUAACUUGCAACAGAUGCCUUUUGAUGAAAAAUUUUGUGAUACCUGUAAAUUGUUAGAAAGAUUAGAUUUAAGUGGAAAUAAUGUCUCACAUCUACCUUAUAACUUUGGACAGUUGAAGAACUUGAAGUUUCUAGAUAUGGGAAGUCCAUUAGAUGAAUUAGAACGCAACAGAUUUCUUAAGAAUGGAAAUGAUUUGAUUCGUUUACCAUCUUCAUUUUGUAACUUAUGUAAUCUGACUAAACUUGAGCUUGAUGAAAAUGAACUUGUUGAGUUACCAACAAAUUUUGGAUGCCUUUCAAAUAUGAGAUAUUUGAAUUUAUGUCAUAAUGCUCUUAGAAUUUUACCAAAAAGUUUUUGCCAACUUCAAAAGUUGAAAGUUUGUCUGUUGUCCAUGAAUAAUCUUUCUUAUCUACCAGAUGAUUUUGGUAAGCUUAUUGAAUUACAAGAGCUCAGGCUUGAUAAUAAUUUGUUGAUGGAACUUCCUGAAUCAUUUAACAAUUUAACUUCCUUAUUGGUAUUGGAUUUAUAUAAAAACAAGCUGAAAAUCAUUCCAACUGCUGUAAAUAAUAUGAAAUAUAUAAAGCAUAUGGACCUUAGAGAAAAUGAUUUUGGGGUUGAAUUUAACAAAAUGCCUGAAGUCAUACGCAAGUGUGCAUAUGUUGAAAGAGAUCUUACACUGCAACACACUUGGCGAGGAAGGAAAAGGGAAGAUAUUCAACCUGAAUCUUGGGUAAAAAAUAGAGUGGUGGAAGAUUAUAGUGCAUUGCUAUCUGAUGUUGAAAUUAGUGCUUUAAAUCCUGCCCCAUUUUUAAGGAGAGGACAUCAUCAAGAAAAUGUUAAGAAAGAUUAUAAUUCUUCAUCAUACGUACCUGUUGCAGAAAAUAAGAGUCACGAAAAUGUUCCUGAUAAUAAUAUCUGUAAUGGAUACUGUGAUGAGAAGUGCAAGUCAUUAAGUGAAAGUGACAAUGAUCCUAUAAAUUACCAAAAAAAUGUUUCUGACAAUAUUAUUUGUAAUGGAUACCAUGAGGAGAAAUCUCAGUCAUUAAGUGAAAGUGGUGAUGAUCCUAUAAAUUGUGAAAGUGCAUCUUGUAGCACAAUAGGAACUAAAUCAGACGUUUUAAAUGAAGGAGGUAAAGGCUAUUGGGAUGAUGAAACAGUUUUAUCUGAUUUAUCAUAUUGCAAUGAAGAGGAAUGUGAUUCAUUGAGAAUAAAUCAAAGUGAAGAAUGCUGGGAUGAUGAAAUAUCAGAAACAGUUUUACCUGAACCAUUAAAGUCAUCAGAAUCAAACAAAGUGGAUCAGGAUGCCACACAGUUUGAAGAUGCUUUCUCUGAUCCAUCAUCAGUUCUUGAUGAUUGGGACAUUGAUUAUGUGUUUGGGUUCAGCAGAAGUUCCAGGGAAAUUUACAAGCAUCCCAUUAAAGAUACAGAAGACUCUGCAUUUAAAGUCUUCCUCCCAUCUGAUUUACAUGCUCCUCGGAUGAACAAGAGUGAAAUUUGGUGUCCUGUAGAAGAAGGGCAAUUUGAUGACUGUGACCUCUGAUAUAAACUGGUAUUAGUUUUUAGAAUGUUACUUAUUUUAAAUUUAAAAAAAAAAAAAAAAAAAAGAGUACUACUUCUGUUAACUAUUUUGAGAUUGAAAAAUGACCUGUAUAUUUAUAUUUUUAAUAUAAUUAAAAAAUAAUAACCUGUAUAUUUUAUUGGUAUUUGUCUGAAGUCUAUUUUUAUUGUUAGACUUAAAAUAAUGUACCUGUUUUUUUAUUUUACUUAUACAAAAGCUUAAAAAAUGUCAUGCUGUAAAGCAUUUUCCUCUUACCUCAAUCUGGUAAAAAUGUAAGUUAAAAUUUUUUCUUUCUUAAAUGAAGAGAGGAAAGCCAGUCACUCUUAGAAUGGAUGCAUUUUACAUUGUUCUUUUCCUUGCAAAAAAUAUACAUUAUACAUCUUGUCAGCCAGGUAUGUUCUUAUGUUCGUGUCGGCUCAAUAUACAUCUUGUCACCAGUUAUGUGUUUAUAUUAUUUUUCAGAUGACUUCUUUGUUUGUUAAACAGUCUUGUUGCAAGGAGGUAAAAUUUCCCCUCUUGUUUUUUCCCCUGUGCAUUUAAAUAAGAAUUGUGUGUUUUUUUAUUCUUAUUGAAAAUUGAAAUAUCUGCCGUACUGAUUGUUAAAUUCUUAAGGAAAGAAAUGUUUGUUAUAAUUAUGCAUAGUAAUUGAUUUUUAGAGAAAUCUAAGUAAAUUUGCAAAGAUUAUGCAGUUAAUUGUAAUUUCUGCAAUGUUACCUACAGUCUAAUAAAUGCAUUAAAUUGUGUUUGUGCAUAUAAAUAAAUUCUUUUGAGAAACAAAUAUUUUAAUUAAGCAUUUUACUUUAUAUUUUUAGUGAUGGUUCAGAAUUACACAAGUAUUAUUUUGAUUUGCAAGUAAUCUGCUUUAUGUUGGAUAUUGUGCCUUUGUUAUUGCAGUGCAUUUCUAUGCUAUAAAAGAAAUCUACAGUAAUUGUAUAUGUUGUAACAAAUGUGCUUUAAAAGCAGAUAUUUUUACUUGUGCAGAUGACUGCAAUUUGAAUAUUGAAAUAAUUUCUGUAAUCAUGUGGUUGUAGGAGUUUGUACUUCACUAUUGUGAAUUAAGUGCAAUUAUUCUUAAGUGAUAAGAUCCUGUAUAAAAUAAUUGCUAUUUAUUGUCUUCAGGCAGAAAAUAUGGUCUCUAAAUUUUUAAAAAGUUAAUAGAUACAGAACUGCUGUUGUGUAAAUGUAUAAAUGAAAACUUUUUUAAAUGUUUUAUGGGGAUGGAAUAAUAAAAAUAGUUUGUAAUA